AUGGCGGGGGGAUACUUCGACCUGCCCGUUUCCCGCCGUUCCUAUACUUCUGAUGUCAUAACAGCGUCCACCAAAACAUCUUCAAGCUUGCACAUAUGCCCUUUGCCUGCGUAUAGUGAAGCUGUUGGUCCUGCAGGCCCACAGUCUUUGCUAGAAACGACCAAUGACGUGGGCGCUCAAAGCAGGUAUCGGAAUGCCGGCAUUCUCUGCAGCACCAAUCGUGUGCAGUUCACCUUGGGCGAUCCCGAGCCGAAGGAGACCACUGGUGGUGGAGCAACGGCUGGAUGCCGACUGGAUCGUAGGGAAAGCUCAAAGCUCCCUGAAAAGCCAGCCCCCACCGCCAACAUUCCUGUGGCUCAGGAAAAGAAGACCACGGACUCUCUAUGGAGGCCCUCGGUGGAAGACAAGCUAGCAGGCGCGUCACCCCAUGUCACUGGCCUGGCGAUCAACUGCAAGGUCAGCUCGACAGUCCUAGGGAACAAUGAGAUCAGUCGCGGAACCAGAGAAAAUACGAUUGACAAGGGGGGAGCAAUAUGCUAUGCCCGCCGAAGGGCCUGGCGACUCGCAUUACGUCUGGGCCGACACCAGAAAUCCCCGAAGCCUGAUCCUCGAGCCAACUCGGUGCCAUCUUUGGUCCCUAUUCCCACCGAGACGGUCUUUUCUUCGAAGAAGGGCAAUGAAUCCUCUUUGAUCAGCAUCUCCGAGAAACAACAAAUUUUCAACGAUUUUGCCGCAGUAAAUAACACGUUAGCGGAUGAAGAGAAAGCGGACGACCUAUACGGGCGAUCUACAACGCGCACAGCCGAAGCGCAGAACAUCGUGCGCCAAAUGUCUCGACGAGACUUUUCCUCAUUUAUUACCGGCCUUCGAGCCCCCUCGCCCGAUCCGCUCUCUGAGCAGGUUCUCUCCGAAGGCCGGCACUCAGAGAGCUCUCUUGAGCCGCCUAAGCAGUAUAGGAACGGCAUCCUAUCUACAAUUCUGAAGCUCUACGGCCAUCAUUCUGGGGGGUAUGACAUUAACAACAACAGCAACUUCCCAUACGGACGCGGCCAAUAUGGUCGGUCUCGACAGGGCAGCGACUCCGACGAUUCUAGCGGACACGGGUCCUCCCCAGAUUCCUGGAAAUCACACCAACCCAGGAAGUGGUACGAGAAAUCGCCCAGCCAGUCCGGCACCUCCAUUUCAGGCUCUCUCAAAAAUGUCUCUCCAAUUAGUAUGCUGAGGCGCUCCCGCAGCAGCGGUGCCGUUACGGGAGGGUCUGGAUCACGUCGAUGGGCGAAACCUAAAUUGGAAGAUGAGAUCCACAUCACUGUGCAUAUUGCAGAGCUUCUCUCUCGACAGCGUUACCUUAUCCGCCUCUGUCGGGCGUUGAUGAAACACGGUGCUCCCACUCAUCGUUUGGAGGAAUAUAUGCGGAUGACAGCACGUGUUUUGGAGAUUGACGGGCAGUUUUUAUACAUCCCUGGAUGUAUGAUUAUCUCAUUCGACGACGCCUCCACGCAUACGACGGAGGUUCGAGUCGUCCGGUCAAGCCAAGGGAUUGACCUGGACAAAUUGGCCGACGUACACGAGAUCUACAAAGAGGUGGUACACGACGUGAUUGGUGUAGAGGAAGCCAUCCAGCGACUCGACGAGACAAUGAAGAGGCCUAACAAGUUUCACAUACUAUUCCUUAUCUUCGCACACGGGUGCGCAAGUGCAUCGGUCGGGCCUUUUGCCUUUAAUGCCAGACCAAUCGACAUGCCUAUCGCCUUCAUAUUAGGGUGUCUCCUGGGCGUGCUACAGCUCGGUCUCUACCCGAAAUCGAGUCUCUACUCCAACGUCUUCGAGAUCUCGGCAGCAGUACUUACUUCCUUCCUCGCCCGCGCCUUCGGAAGCAUACGAUACCAAGGCGAGCCACUCUUCUGCUUCUCCGCCCUCGCCCAAGCAGCGAUCGCACUCAUCCUUCCCGGAUACACCGUUCUCUGCGCUAGUCUCGAGCUACAAUCUCGCAGUAUCGUCGCUGGAUCUGUACGUAUGGUCUACGCCAUCAUAUACUCGCUCUUCCUCGGCUUUGGCAUUACCAUCGGCACCGCUGUCUACGGCCUACUCGACUCCCAAGCAUCAACAGAGUAUACAUGCCCCGCCAGCCCAAUCAGCAACGAAUACCUUCAGCGCUUCCCCUUCGUGCUCCUCUUCACGGCGUGUCUUGCUAUCGUCAACCACGCCAAGUGGAAACAAAUCCCCGUGAUGAUGGUCAUCUCCUUCGCCGGAUACGUCGUCAGCUACUUUAGCUCCAAGCGAUUCUCUUCAAACACGCAAGUCUCGAACGCUCUGGGCGCCUUCGUCAUCGGCGUCAUGGGUAACGUCUACAGUCGGGUCCGUCAUGGUCUCGCCGCAGCUGCAAUGCUACCAGCGAUAUUCGUGCUGGUACCCUCCGGCCUCGCCGCUAGUGGAUCACUGAUAUCGGGAAUCACCGCCGCGGAAGAGAUGACCCGGUCACCGCACGCGGUAGUCGCUAAUGGCACGCAGGGCUUCGUUGAUGCGGCGAAGACCCUAUCUGCGGCUGAAGCGCGGAACCAGAACUAUGGCGUCGUCUUUGAUAUUGCGUACGGCAUGGUCCAGGUGGCUAUCGGAACGACAGUGGGCCUAUUUCUUGCCGCUCUUGUGGUAUACCCGUUGGGUAAAAAGAGAAGUGGCUUGUUUAGUUUCUAGUCCUCCAUUCCUGCUUAUGCUUUCCAUUCGGGGAUGACUUCGACUACAAAAACCAGCCAGGUCUCUUCCACGUGUCGUGCCGUAACCACUCUACUGGCGGCUACCUCUUCGAUCUCCUGCUACGAGCAGGGAAUUUCGACGUUUAUAUAAUCCUCAAGAGACCGAGUUGCGACCCUUAUUCGAUGUUUCAUAUCGUGUCGAUGCACUUGUCUUCUUUCCUCACCCUCUGCUCUCUUUUACUUCUUCUUCUUCUCCCAGUCCUUACCAAUUCCUCUUUCUUUUCCAUAUGGCUACCCUUGCCACCUCGUUUCUCCCCCCGCCGACAAAGUCUAUACCAACUCAUCCACCUAGGCCAAGCAAUGUCCAUGUCCCGCUUAUUCGGCCUUACAUAUAAAGCUAUGGUUCCCACGAUUCACGACCGAAAUCAUUGAAGUUCCCUUCCCAUAUUUGUUUACGUACCUUGACUCUCUUCAUUUUUCUCAAUUGACGAACUCAAAUUCUGGACUCUUGAUUUUCUCACUCUUGUUCCCAAUGUCAAUGGUCUCUGUUAUGUUUCAGCAGCGAAGAAAGUGUAUCUGUGCCGCGGCGUGUUGUACUUACCCUCUGCUCUCUUAAUGUUUCCAGUGUCUGUCUGUAUGGCGUCUGUUUCUUGCACCACAUGUUGCUGGGGUCUCUGUCUUUUUUUUGAGCGAAUAGGUUUGAUUUCAUUUUAUGCAUACCGAACACGGACAAUGA